GGUUGUACAGCUGGCAAUUUACAGACAAUAACGGCUGAAGGAGUAAUUGGCAGCUAAGUGGACGCACCGUGGACCGGUUAAUGUGCGUAAAAUACCGCACGGCGCGGACUCUUCACGCGUGUUUCUUUGUUUUUCUGUGGAGUUGAACUUUCCGCAUGUGGAUAAAUUAAAGAGCGGCUCCCUCACUCUCCACUGGAACCGUUAUAACCUCCUCAUAAGAGACCACACAAGCUGUAAUAAUGGACAGAUCCACACACAGACGUCUGUUAACGUUGCUUCUAUCAGGGUUAUUGCUGCCAUGCUGCUGCGCCCAAACCACGCCCUCCAACGCACCAACACCCACGCCCACGCCAGCGUCCUCACCGUCCCCGUCCCCUCAGGCCCAGACCGAGCGCCUGAAGGUCCGACUGGCCGGAUACCCCCGCAAACACAACGAGGGCCGGGUGGAGCUCUUCUACAAGGGGGAGUGGGGAACCAUCUGCGACGACGACUUCACCAUAACCAACGCACACGUGCUCUGCCGCCAGCUGGGCUUCGUGUCAGCCACUGGGUGGACCCACAGCGCCAAGUACGGCAAAGGCCAAGGUAAAAUCUGGCUGGACAACGUGCUGUGUAGCGGAGGUGAGAAGAGCAUUGAGUUCUGCAGAUCUCGAGGUUGGGGAAACAGCGACUGCACCCAUGACGAAGACGCCGGCAUCGUGUGCAAAGACGAGCGAAUCCCGGGCUUCCUGGACUCCAACGUGAUUGAUGCCCACGUGGAUGAGAACAAGGUGGAGGAGGUGCGUCUGCGUCCUGUGGUCGCCACGGCCAAGAAGAAGCUGCCCAUCACUGAGGGUGUGGUGGAGGUCAAAUAUAAAGACGGCUGGGCGCAGAUCUGCGACGUGGGCUGGACCAUCAAAAACACCCGCGUCAUCUGUGGCAUGCUGGGGUUCCCGCACGAGAGGAAAGUCAACAAGAACUUCUACAAACGUCUGAAAAAGCGAGCGGCUGAGAAGGUCUCCAAGCCAAAGGUUAAUGUUUCAGCCAGUGGAAGGCAGACAUCCAAAGCUAAAGCUAACUCUAAGUCUAAACAGAGCAGCCCUGGCAAAAGGUUGUACUUGGAGCGUCAGAAGAACUACUUCUACCUCCACUCGGUGGCGUGUACGGGUACAGAGGUGCACCUGGCCGCCUGCCCCCUAGAGUUCAUCAAACCCAACGCCACGUCCAGCUGCAGCGGCGGCAUGGCGGCCGUCGUCAGCUGCAUGCCCGGACCGCUGUUCAUGCAAAACACUGGCAUGAAGAAGAAACUGAAAAUAUCGAAUAACGUCAGACUGAAGGGAGGCGCGAGGGUCGGCGAGGGUCGAGUGGAGGUUCUGAAGAACAACGAGUGGGGGACGGUUUGUGACGACCGCUGGAACCUGCAGUCGGCCAGCGUCGUGUGCAGGGAACUGGGCUUCGGCAGCGCCAAGGAGGCUCUGACGGGGGCCCGCAUGGGACAAGGUAUGGGUCCCAUCUACAUGAAUGAGGUGAAGUGUGUUGGUCAUGAGCGCUCCGUCUGGAACUGUCCCUUUAAGAACAUCACGUCUGAGGAUUGUCAGCACACGGAGGACGCCGGCGUUCGCUGCAACACGCCGUACCUGGGUCUGGAGAGCACGAUCCGACUCACGGGAGGACGGACCCGGUACGAGGGUCGUGUGGAGAUCCUGGGCUCAGACUCUAACGGGACCCAGAGCUGGGGUCUGAUAUGCGGAGAGAACUGGACCACCAAGGAGGCCAUGGUGGCCUGCAGGCAGCUGGGCUUGGGCUACGCUAACCAGGGUCUGCAAAUCCGGAUAGUGGGCGGACGCAGCUCUUAUGAGGGCCGAGUGGAGGUUCAGGUUGGCUCCAAGUGGGGCACAGUGUGCAGCACAGGCUGGACCACCAGGGAAGCCAUGGUGGUGUGCAGGCAGCUAGGGCUGGGCUACUCCAUGCACGCCAUCACCGAGACCUGGUACUGGGACAGCAGCAACGUGACAGAAAUGGUGAUGAGCGGCGUCAAGUGCACGGGCAGCGAGAUGGCGUUGAGUCAGUGCCAGCAUCAUAAAAGCGUCAGCUGUCAGAAAGCUGCAGCCAAGUUUUCUGCAGGAGUCAUCUGUUCAGAAACUGCCUCCGACCUGGCCCUCAACGCCCCCCUGGUCCAGCAGACGGUUUACAUCGAGGACCGCCCUCUGCACAUGCUCUACUGCGCCGCUGAGGAGGACUGUCUGUCCAAGUCUGCCGCCCAGGCCAACUGGCCCUACGGACACCGACGCCUGCUCAGAUUCUCCUCCCAGAUCCACAACAUCGGCCGAGCUGACUUCAGACCCAAAGCGGGGAGGCACUCAUGGGUCUGGCAUGCCUGUCAUGGCCACUACCACAGCAUGGACAUCUUCACCCACUAUGACCUCCUCAACGCCAACGGAACCAAAGUGGCAGAAGGACAUAAGGCCAGCUUCUGUCUGGAGGACACAGACUGUUAUGAAGGUGUUUCUAAGAGGUAUGAAUGUGCCAACUUCGGCGACCAGGGCAUCACCGUGGGCUGCUGGGAUUUGUACCGUCACGACAUCGACUGUCAGUGGAUCGACAUCACCGACGUCAAACCUGGAAACUACAUCCUACAGAUUGUGAUUAAUCCAAAUUACGAAGUGGCUGAGAGCGACUUCACCAACAACGCCAUGAAAUGCAACUGUAAAUAUGACGGCCAUCGAAUCUGGCUCCACAACUGCCACAUCGGUGACGCCUUCAGUGAGGAGGCGGAGAGGAGGUUUGAGAAAUACCCCGGACAGUUGAAUAACCAGAUUUCAUAAUCAACGAAAAACAUCAGGAAUCAAAGUGGGCAUUCGAUGAGUAAAAAAAAAAAAACACAUGUAACUUUAACCUGUCAGUACCCAAACGGACGACACACACACACACACACACA